AGUUUCAACCAGGGUGGGACGUGAUAGGGCUUGUAGGUAGUUAACUUCCUGCCUCCCCCUUUCAUUUCUUUUCAUACGUGAAAGUUCCUCUUUUUCUCCUCUUGUUGAUUUCCAAGUGAUUAUAACUGUGGGGGAGUUUUGUUUCUAGAUAAGGGAGAAAAAGAAUAGGGACCUACGGAAAUGAGCACAGCAAGAUUUCUCAAGUGUGUGACUGUAGGCGAUGGGGCAGUGGGAAAGACAUGCAUGCUUAUUUCCUAUACUAGUAAUACUUUUCCAAUGGAUUAUGUUCCAACGGUGUUCGACAACUUCAGUGCCAAUGUGGUGGUUGAUGGUAGUAUUGUGAACGUUGGCCUAUGGGAUACUGCAGGACAGGAAGAUUACAAUAGGCUAAGGCCUCUAAGUUACAGAGGAGCCGAUGUGUUUCUGUUGGCCUUCUCCCUCAUCAGCAAGGCCAGUUUUGAGAACAUCUCUAAAAAGCAGUGGAUCCCAGAGCUAAAGCAUUACGCACCCAAUGUGCCAAUCAUACUCGUGGGGACCAAACUUGAUUUAAAAGAAGACAAGCUGUUCUUGUCUGAUCAUCCUGGAGCAACACCAAUAACAACAGCUCAGGGUGAGGAGCUGAAGAAAAUGAUUGGUGCAGUCGUCUACAUAGAGUGCAGUUCUAAAACUCAGCAGAACGUGAAGGCCGUGUUUGAUAGUGCAAUAAAGGUUGCUUUAAGGCCACCAAAACCAGAGAAGAAGCCACGCAAACAAAGAACGUGUGCUUUCCUCAAAUGCUAAAUCUGCGUCGAUAUCAAAUUCUCUUCUCCAGCAUUGUCACUGGUCAAUUAGAGCAUAUUUUUGUUUCUCACAUGAAUGUUAUAUAUAUAUAUAUAUAUAUAUAUAUAUAUAUAUGGAUUUAUAUAUGUAACUUCCGGCUGGAGUCAUGGAAAAUCUAUAGGGAUGGGAUUUCAAUAUAAAUCCUUGCCUCAUUGUUAUGCUGCUAUAUA